CGUCGGGUGCCCUCAGUGUGGGGGGAGGCAAAAUAGAAAACAGCAUACACCGCGACCGACCAGAUCGUUCGCUCCACUGUGCAUUACGCGAGGAAAAGCUACGCUGUGUCGCUGACCGCCGCAAGAAAAACUUUCCACCCAAAAUCUCUGUUCUCGGUGCCCUUGCAAUCGGUGUCCCCAAUUGUGCUACUAACUGUGCUGCAAAAUCGUGUAAAGUGCCGCGACUAACAGUGAACAUUUACGUGAAAUUCCCUUUCUUUGCAUACGUUUGUUUCCAAAUCAGUUCGAUCAUGUCUCCGUACGGUUGCGUUUGUUGUGGUGGUUUUUCGUGUUAAACAAACGGGGGUGGCAAACAGUUUUUCUUGCGGCAAUGGCACCAACGAUGCAGAUGCGUGGCGUACGCUCUUCUCGACAGCAGUGGCACAGUAAUAUGAAGCCUUCCGCUAGCAGACCGGACAACCGACCAGCAAUAUCCAUCAGCUUCCGAAGAACGUGCGCGUCAGUAGUGGCAUCAGAGCGAGCAGUGGCGGCCGCAGCCGUACUAGCGCACGGAACGCGACAUCCGGUCGCGCUGGAACCGACCCACAAACUGCGACAUUACCUACCUCAUCCGGAUCGGCGCGAUCGACGGCAACAGUUUCCGUUUCGUUUAGCCAAGUUAAAACUCUAGCCGGUCCUGAUUAUCCUGGCGUCGUAGCGUUGCGCAUCCAAUGCGACAACAGUGUCUGUACGGAAGGAGUGCUCAAGUGUGUGACGAUCUCGUGUUGCGACAAGAUUUUUUUUUAUCACAAAAAGGCGAUUGCAGUAUGCGUAACUAGAAAGUGACAUUUUCCGCUUGGAACAACACAACCCUCACCUUACUUCCCUGCUAGUGCCCCCAAAGGACAUCUAUUGUUUUGUUGGUUUAUCUGUCCGAUUAGUAGUUGUGUAAAUGGUUUAGCGUAAAAGUGUGCGCGUGUUUGUCGCAAAAAAAGAAGAAAAAAUUCGCAACAUCGGAAGCUAGCAUCUAGUACGUUUAGUGUAACCACGGUUACGAAAGUCAGCCUGAUCACGCGCGCAUUGUGUGUGUGCAGCUAGUCACCUCUGUCUGAGAUUACACACACGCUUGGUAUACAAAACGAAAAAAAAGGAAAAAUUGUGUCGCAAAAUUGCGCUUUCUUCAACCGUUUGCUGCUUCAACCUGUGUCCCCGCCACCCGGCAGGCCAGCCACAAUCCAUCACUCACACACAACACCCCCUUUCUGGCGGGGUCGAUCGUGUUUACAAAACAAAAGAAGGAUCAGCUUGGCGUGACAUCGGUCGGGGAAAUCGCCGCACAGGAUUCGCACGAUGGAAGCACAAACGACGCCCUCGGUGUGGGUCUUUGGGUACGGUUCCCUGUGCUGGUAUCCGGGCUUCGAGUACGCCGAAUGCAUUACCGGAUACAUCCGUGGGUACGUGCGCCGGUUCUGGCAGGGCAAUGUGACGCACCGUGGGACGAUAGAGAAGCCGGGUCGCGUGGCCACCUUAAUCGAGGACAAAGAGGGUAUUACCUGGGGCUGUGCAUUUAGGGUGACCGGAAGCCACGCAUUGGACUAUCUGCGGCAGCGCGAGUGCACCCUCGGCGGGUACGUGACGGAGUACAUCAAGUUCUAUCCGCGGCUCGCCAGCGAACAGUCCGGCAUCAGCGGGGAAGCAUUUCCGGCGCUCGUGUACAUCGCUACGCCCAAGAACGAGCACUGGAUUGGCGAGGAACCGUUGCUGGUGACGGCACGCCAGAUCGUCGAAUGCCGUGGCCCGAGCGGCCAUAACGUCGAGUACCUGGUGCGGUUGGCCAUGUUCAUGCGCGACGAGCUGCCGGGCGCGUGCGACGAGCAUUUGUUCGAGCUCGAGGGCUUGGUCCGGCGGUUCGUGGCGGAAGCGAACGUGAACCUCGAGCUGCUGCUGGUCGGAAGCGUCACACCUCACCGGAUACGGCGCGAUACGCACGAGGAAGUGCGGCGCCACGUUACCUUCGAGUUUGCGUCCCGUGUGCCCGAUACGAAGCUGCGCUGUUUGCACAUUUAGGGCGUCCCGAGGACCGGUGGGGUCCACUAAAACCAACCCGAACGAUACCCUAAGAACGCCAUUUAACAUUUCGCUUUACAUGAUUGUUUUCGCUCGUUUCAACUCUCCUUGUGCACAAGGAGGAGACAAAAAAAAAAAGGAGAGAGACACACACAUACAUAUGCCAUAGCUCUUAAGACCACCUGCGGAACGCUGCUGCUACACAGUUGACGAUAAAUUGUUUUACGGUAUAAUGAAAUAUAGAGUCUUAUUCAUUUA